GUUACUUACUACAGGUGGUCUAAUAACACUGAAUUUGGUUUAGCGUCGAUUGGCGACCUGCUUCCAUAAAGUUCCUCGAGGGCCAUUGCCGCUUGAUCUCUUCCUGCAAGACAUUAUUGCCAUUGAUCUAGAUCACCGAGCUCAUGGCUACGAGCCGUGAACAUUCGACUGAUGACCUGUCAAAGGAUUGUUGGUAGUACCUAGGGAGCGUUGCUCUACGUGUUAGACAAGGCUAACGUUAGUGAUUGGCCAUUCACUCCGAAAUGACAAGGCCUUGUUUGCAUAAGAAAGACAAGAUAUAAAAAAGAGAAAAAAGGAUAAAAAAAAAAGUGAGAGUUCUUCCUCGUCGAGGUCUCUUCUCAAAGAACGCAAACCCACUGUAUCUUCACGGUCGAAGCUCUCGUGCAUCUUCUCUCGCUACCUUCAAACUAACGGUACCAACAAUGAACCCAACUCGUGUUCUGUACGAGCCUAUUGAAGAUUUAGAAAGAAUGGAAUACUAUCAGCCCGGUGGCUAUCACCCACUUGGGCAUGGGACAUACUCGACGAUUUGGCUGGCCCGAGAUGAGCGAUCUCGCAUAUACGUUGCGGUGAAAGUCUGUACGGCAGAUUCGAAACCGCCCGAAAUUGACGUCAUAUUGGAACUCUCGAAACCUCCCUUGUUGUCAGACAUAGGCAGAACUCUGAUCCCCUCAAUCUUGAAUAAGUUCAACAUUCAAGACCCAAAUGGCGAACACAUCUGUUUGGUGACUAAGCCGGCCAGGAUGAGUCUUUCUGACGCAAAGAACGGAUCUUGGAUCAACAUUUGCCAGCUUGAAGUGGCCCGAGUCUUAGCGGCGCAGCUUGCGAUUGCUAUCCAUUAUAUUCAUUCACGGGACUUCGUCCAUGGAGAUCUUCGUCGCGGAAACAUCCUACUUCAACUGCGUCGUGACUUUGAUCAGCUUUCCACAAAACGGCUAUACGAGCAGUAUGGGGGGCCGCUACUUGAACCAGUCAAUCGUCUAGACGGCCAAACGCUCCCACCAGGCGUCCCACAAUACGGCGUGUUACUUAUCUGGCUUGGGGAAGCAAGUGAGAAUAUCACACUUCCUGAAGCCAGGAUUAUCGUUUCAGACUUUGGUGAGGCAUCCUCUCCGGCGCGAGAAAUGAAAUCCGAGUCUCAUACUCCUCUUUCGAUCCGCCCUCCGGAGGCUCGGUUUGAGCCCACUAAACCUCUCACUUUUUCAUCCGAUAUCUGGACUCUUGCCUGCACCAUCUGGGACAUCAUUGCCCAAAAACCCCUUUUCGAAGGCUUUCUUACCAAGGAAGACGAUAGACUUGCCAGCAGAUUGAUGCACUUGGCCUCUCGUCAAGACCACUUCACCGAGCAUGGAGAGCCGAUCAACCCAUCCCGUUCCCCACGUCGGACACUGGAGGAUCGCUUUGAAUCGAACGUGCAGCGACCACGGAUCAAAGAGGGUAUGUCACCCUUUGACUCGAGUGAACGAGGUACACUUUCCUCGAUGUUGCGCUCGAUGCUUCCUUUUCGGCCGGAGGAUCGUCCUUCUGCUCGACAGGUUCUGGAGUCGGAGUGGAUGGUAAAAUGGGCUCUGCCUGAGUACGAAAAGAUACGCAGCACUCAUAAGAAGAGUUUGCGGGCCUAA